AUGAGUGCCGUUAAUUUCAACGCAUGGCUACACCCCAGUUUCACGAGAUCCAGAUCCCCAACCUUCCUAUUUCGCGGCCUUACUAGCUCACGCAUUCCCUCCGUCACGGUUACCAAACGGCCAAGAGAUAAGCCCUAUUCGUUCGCGUCUUUCACGGUCUCCGCAGUGCUUACCAAAGAGGAGACGGUGGAAACGGAAGAGAAGCCGGCGUUCAACUUCAAGUCCUACAUGGUCGAGAAAGCGGCCGCGGUGAAUCAGGCGCUCGACGACGCCGUUCCGCUUCGCGAGCCGCUGCGGAUCCACGAGGCCAUGCGCUACUCGCUCCUCGCCGGUGGCAAGCGCGUGCGUCCCGUCCUUUGCAUCGCUGCCUGCGAGCUCGUCGGCGGUGCUGCCGCCACUGCCAUGCCCGCCGCUUGCGCCGUCGAGAUGAUUCACACCAUGUCGCUCAUCCACGACGACCUCCCCUGCAUGGACAACGACGACCUCCGCCGCGGUAAGCCUACCAACCACAAGGUCUUUGACGAGGACGUCGCCGUUCUCGCCGGCGACGCGCUCCUUGCAUUUUCCUUCGAGCACAUCGCAGGCGCCACCAUCGGUGCCUCCCCGCCGCGGAUCGUCCGCGCCCUUGGGGAGCUCGCGCGCUCCAUCGGCGCCGAGGGACUCGUUGCCGGUCAGGUGGUCGACAUCAAAUCCGAGGGGCUCGAGAACGUCGGCCUCGAACGCCUGGAGUUCAUCCACAUCCACAAGACCGCCGCGUUGCUGGAGGCCGCGGUGGUCCUCGGCGCUAUCUUUGGCGGCGGAACCGACGAGGAGAUUGAGAAAUUGAGGAAGUUCGCGCGGUACAUAGGAUUGCUGUUUCAGGUGGUUGAUGACAUUCUGGAUGUUACGAAGUCUUCCCACGAAUUGGGGAAAACUGCGGGGAAGGAUCUUACGGCUGAUAAGGUUACGUAUCCCAAGCUUUUGGGCAUUGAGAAGUCUAAGGAGUUUGCCGCUAAAUUGAACAAAGAUGCUCAUGAUCAGCUUUCUGGCUUUGACCCUGUCAAGGCUGCUCCUUUGAUUGCUUUAGCCAAUUACAUUGCUUAUAGGCAGAACUAA